AGCAGGUCUUCAUAGUAAAAUAGUUAAGGUCAGCCAGAUGCACGAUUCAGGGGGUUCAAGUCUAGAAAUUCCAGUCGAAAGUAAUGCAAUUCAAGAUAGUGGUAUGGUGACUCCAGCAUCAAUUGAUAACAAUAACAACAAUGUUGAUAACCAACCUGCCGAAAAUGGAUCCCUGCAAGCAGACGCAUCAGGCACUCACUCACAGGCAGUUGAGAUGCAGUUUGAGCAUAAUGAUGCAGCUGCUCGGGAUGUUGAAGCUGUCAGCCAAGAGAGUAGUGGUAGUGCGGCUACUUUUGGUGAAAGUCUUCGGAGCCUAGAUGUUGAGAUUGGAAGCGCUGAUGGCCAUGAUGAUGGUGGAGAAAGGCAGGUUUCUGCAGAUAGGAUAGCGGGUGAAUCACAAGCUGCAAGGACUAGAAGAGCAAAUGUGUCUUUUGGUCAUUCUUCUCCUCUAGGUGGGAGAGAUGCAUCGCUUCAUAGUGUUAUUGAAGUUUCUGAAAAUUCAAGCCGAGAUGCAGAUCAAGAUGGUCCAGCAGCUGAACAGCAGGUGAACAAUGAUGCUGGAUCGGGAGCAAUUGAUCCUGCUUUUCUUGAUGCUCUUCCUGAGGAGUUGCGUGUUGAAGUCCUAUCAGCUCAGCAGGGUCAAGUGGGUCAACCAUCAAAUGCCGAGUCCCAAAACAGCGGGGAUAUUGAUCCAGAAUUCCUUGCAGCUCUUCCCCCAGAUAUUCGAGCAGAAGUUCUUGCUCAACAGCAAGCACAAAGGCUACAUCAAUCUCAGGAAUUGGAAGGGCAACCUGUUGAAAUGGAUACAGUCUCAAUAAUUGCAACAUUUCCUUCUGAGCUACGAGAAGAGGUUCUUUUAACUUCAUCUGAUGCUGUCCUUGCCAACCUUACACCUGCUCUUGUUGCCGAGGCAAAUAUGUUGCGGGAGAGGUUUGCACAUCGAUACAGCCGUACCCUCUUGGGAAUGCAUCCUAGAAGCCGUAGAGGUGAGACAUCUAGACAUGGUGAAAGUUCUGGUUCUGGCAUGGAUGGUAUAGGGCGAAGCAUUACUUCACGCAGGUCUGGUGGAGCUAAGGUUGUUGAAGCUGAUGGAGAACCUCUAGUUGACACUGAAGCUUUGCAUGCCAUGAUUCGGUUAUUUCGUAUAGUGCAGCCAUUGUAUAAAGGUCAAUUGCAGAGGCUUCUUUUGCAUCUUUGUGCCCAUAGUGAAAGUAGAACUUCUCUGGUGAAAAUUCUGAUGGAUUUACUGAUUCUUGAUGUAAGAAAGCCUACCAGUCAUUGUAGUACAGUUGAGCCUCCAUACAGACUAUAUGGUCGUCAGAGCAAUGUAAUGUACUCACGUCCUCAAUCUUUUGAUGGAGUUCCCCCAUUGCUCUCACGGAGAAUACUUGAAACUCUCACUUAUCUUGCUCGUAAUCAUCCAUAUGUGGCAAAAAAAUUGCUUGAGCUUAGGCUGCAUCAUCCUGCAUCAAGAGAGCCAGAUAAUGCUGAGAUUAUGCGUGGCAAAGCUGUGAUGGUUGUUGAAGAUCAAGUUACUAUAGGUGAAAAUAAUGAAGGAUACAUAUCCAUUGCAAUGCUUUUGAGUCUCUUGAAACAACCCCUUUAUUUGAGGAGCAUAGCCCAUCUCGAACAGUUGCUAAACUUACUCGAUGUCAUCAUUGAUAGUGCUGGAGGCAAGUGUAGUUCAUCUGACAAAUCCCAUAUAACUACAGAGCCAGUAUUGGGCCCACAAAUUUCUGCGAUGGAGGCUGAUGUAAAUAUGAAUUCUGUUAUUUCUUCUGGUCUUGAUGCAUGUCCUAAAGCUGACAGUUCCUCGAAACCAACAUCCUCUGGUAAUAAGGAAUGUGAGACUCAGCAAGUACUGGGUAACCUGCCAAAAGCAGAACUCCAACUCCUGUGCUCAUUGCUUGCACUAGAAGGUUUGUCAGAUAAUGCAUAUGGUCUCGUUGCCGAAGUAAUGAGGAAAUUAGUGUCCAUUGCUCCAAUUCACUGUCAGCUUUUUGUCUCUCAUCUGUCAGGAGCAGUUCGAGACUUGACUUCAUCUGCUAUGGAUGAACUACGCAUUUUCAGUGAAGCAAUGAAAGCUCUUCUUAGUACAUCUACUAAUGGUGCUGCAAUUUUGAGAGUUUUGCAAGCCUUGAGUUCCUUUCUCACCCCAUCGUCUGAGAAAGAGAAUGAUGGAAUAUCUCGUCCUCUUUUUGAGUUUUUGGAAAUCAAUUCAGCAUUAGAGCCCUUAUGGCAUGAGUUGAGCUGUUGCAUAAGCAAGAUAGAAUCCUACUCUGAGCCGGCAUCUGAUGUUUACCCGCCAUCUACUACAUCUGUGUCUAAACCGUCUAGUGUCAUGCCUCCACUUCCAGCUGGUUCUCAAAAUAUCCUACCAUACAUAGAAUCUUUCUUUGUGGUUUGUGAGAAGCUGCAUCCUGCACAGUCAGGUGCUAAUCAUGACAUAGGUGUUCCUUGUAUCUCUGAUGUUGAAGAUGCCAGCACAUCUGGUACUGAGCAGAAAGCAUCUGGAUCUGCUGUGAAAGUAGACGAGAAACAUGGCGCUUUUGUCAAGUUUUCUGAGAAGCAUAGGAAGCUGCUAAAUGCUUUUAUCAGGCAAAACCCUGGCUUGCUUGAGAAAUCUUUUGCCCUUAUGCUGAAGAUUCCCAGAUUCAUUGAUUUUGAUAACAAGCGCUCCUACUUCCGAUCAAAAAUUAAGCAUCAGCAUGACCAUCACCACAGCCCACUAAGAAUAUCAGUAAGAAGGGCAUAUGUAUUAGAAGAUUCUUAUAACCAACUUCGAAUGAGAUCAACUCAAGAUUUGAAGGGAAGGUUGACUGUUCACUUCCAAGGGGAGGAAGGUAUCGAUGCAGGUGGUCUUACAAGGGAGUGGUAUCAAUUGUUGUCCAGGGUUAUUUUUGACAAAGGAGCAUUACUUUUUACUACGGUGGGCAAUGAGUCAACAUUUCAGCCAAACCCAAACUCUGUUUACCAAACAGAACAUCUAUCUUAUUUCAAAUUUGUUGGUAGAGUGGUCGGAAAAGCAUUAUUUGAUGGUCAGCUCUUGGAUGUCCAUUUUACUCGAUCAUUCUAUAAGCACAUUCUAGGGGCCAAAGUUACAUAUCAUGAUAUAGAAGCCAUUGAUCCUGCUUAUUUCAAAAAUUUGAAAUGGCUGCUUGAGAAUGACAUCAGUGAUGAUCUGAAUCUUACCUUUAGCAUUGAUGCAGAUGAGGAAAAGUUGAUAUUAUAUGAACGAACGGAGGUGACUGAUUAUGAGUUGAUUCCCGGUGGACGGAAUACUAAAGUUACAGAGGAGAAUAAACAUCAAUAUGUUGAUUUAGUUGCUGAGCAUCGAUUGACCACUGCUAUUCGACCUCAAAUAAAUGCUUUCUUGGAAGGGUUCAGUGAAAUAAUUCCCAAGGAGUUGAUAUCUAUUUUCAAUGAUAAAGAGCUGGAACUAUUGAUCAGUGGACUUCCCGAUAUUGAUUUGGAUGACUUGAGAGCAAAUACAGAAUAUUCUGGUUAUAGUGCUGCAUCGCCAGUUAUCCAAUGGUUUUGGGAGGUUGUUCAAGAUUUAAGCAAGGAGGACAAGGCUCGGCUUUUGCAAUUUGUGACUGGCACAUCCAAGGUGCCUCUGGAAGGUUUUAGCGCUCUUCAGGGAAUUUCAGGCUCUCAGAAGUUUCAGAUACACAAAGCAUAUGGAAGUCCUGAUCAUUUGCCUUCUGCUCAUACUUGUUUUAAUCAAUUAGAUUUGCCAGAGUAUCCAUCUAAACAACAUUUGGAAGAUAGGUUACUGCUGGCGAUUCAUGAAGCAAGUGAGGGAUUCGGAUUUGGUUGAAAUGUUUCAGAGGGAGUAUUUGUAUUACAUUUACUAGAUUAGGAGUCAUUUCAGAAUAGAAUUGAGUGGUACAGGGGUUUGAAUUUCUUUUUUCUUUCAAAAUGUUAUCUUAAAAUAUUGUACAGUAGUAAAUUGCAAUGGAAAAUGCCGUUUGGCAGUUUUUCAACUAACCAUUUUGCCACGUCA